CCUCGGGACGCCGGAUUGUUAAGUCGUUUACUGAGUGUGACCUAGCCUUUACAGACACGUAAAUUAGUGUGUUACUGUGUUUAUUUUUACAAGUGCAUAUUACACGAGUAUGAAUUAUGUAUAAGUGUUGUGUCCGGUGAAUGUCUUCAGAAUGACGUUGUGUAGCAGUGUGUUCACGCGCGUGGUUGGUGCUUUAAUGAUUAUUGCAUUGUGCGCUUGUCUACAAAUAAGUUCGGUGGUGGGGAGAGAAGAAUCUCGAAAAUUUACCAUAGAAGACUUGCUCACAAACAAUUAUGAAAAUAAAGCAUCCAAUGACCUUGGAAUGGACCCCUGUAAAGCCGGUAAUUUUCAAGGAGAUAUAGCAAUUCCUGACGACUACUUCAAACCUAGUAAUACUGCUCCUUCGUCAUCAAAAAUUAAUAAGUCAUUACAAGAGGAGGUUGAAAGGUUAAAAAAAGAAGUUCUUCUCGAAGGCCUUCAAGUUGAAGAGGAAGGAUUACCUGAUAUUUUAAGAAAAAGAACAAAACAACCACUGCCACUGCCUCAAGAAAAACCAAAGAAGUACAACGAAGCUUCCAUAGUCACAAAGGUAUUACCUGCAGGUUUGGAUAAAUCUCUUUUAAUGAAGAAUGGAAAAUUGCCUCCAGGGGAAAAUUUUGACAUUCUGGAUACAGGAAUAGCAUAUAACCAAAGUCAAAACGUUAUUGUAGAUAAUCUUACAGAAUCUGAGAGUUUGGAACAGGAUGGUGUUUUAUUAGUCAACAUAUCUUCCGAUAAUAUCCUCAAUCUUGACGAACUCUAUGGAAAUCUCAAAUCAUCUAACUUUUCACCAAAAAUGGAAGAGGUUACAAACAAAAUUCAAAGCAAUAGUCGCGAAAUUACGGGAGAUUCAAAUAAUAAUAACAACAUAAAAUUCAAGUUACCUGAAAAUACGACUGUUGCGCCAGCACCAACAAAUGGAGAAUUAUCUCCCAAUGAUCGUGAAGAGGAUAAAGAUGGGAUUGUGAAGGGUGCAAACAGAACUAAAUAUGAAUUAAAAUCUGAAAAGAGCGAAUCUAACGAUUUAUUGAAGCCUACAGAAAGUUUGCAAAGUUUAAAUUAUGAUACCAGUCAUCAGCGCCAUAGAAGACGAAGGCAUGGAAAUAGAAGAAGGUUACGAAAUAUACAGUCAAUUGAGAGGAUAGGACAUAACAACUUAAAGUGGUCCGAAGAAGACAAAAUUGAGGCAGACCCCAGCCGAAAAGAGUUUUUUCGUCAUGAAAAUAAAAUUAAAAGUGAAUUAGUAUAUCCAAAGUUCGAAAUACCCGAGCAUGAAUUUGAAAAAAACUUUGAAGUAAUUCCUCCGACUAAAAUAAAAUUGCAAAACAAUGACAGACAAGAAUUUAAGGAUUGGUUUUUUCGGGACUCUGACAUGGAUUUAGAAGCAGCUGAGAGUCAAAUGUAUAAUAACACAGAGAUUAAAAUAAGGCAUCGUAGCGCCCGUGCGGCCACAAAUCGCAAGGAGCGUAUUUGGGAGAACGGAGUCAUUCCUUACGAGAUUGAUGGCAAUUUUAGUGGCGCCCAUAAAUCUCUCUUCAAACAAGCAAUGAGGCAUUGGGAGAAUUUCACUUGCGUUAAGUUCGUUGAGAGAGAUCCUGAUCUACAUAGAGACUACAUUGUUUUCACGGAAAGACCCUGCGGCUGUUGUUCCUUCGUCGGUAAGCGUGGUAACGGAGCUCAAGCAAUAUCCAUCGGUAAGAACUGUGAUAAAUUCGGCAUCGUUGUGCACGAGCUCGGUCACGUUGUGGGCUUCUGGCAUGAACACACGCGGCCUGACCGCGAUAGACACGUGCAGAUCAUCCGGGAUAAUAUUAUGACUGGUCAAGAGUACAAUUUCAACAAACUAACGGAAGAAGAAGUGAACUCUCUCGGUCAGACGUACGACUACGACUCCAUCAUGCACUACGCAAGGAACACUUUCAGUAAGGGCACGUAUUUAGACACGAUACUGCCCCUGGAAGUGCAUGGCAAGAAAAGGCCAGAGAUUGGGCAAAGAGUCCGGCUGAGCGCUAGUGAUAUUGCGCAGACCAAUCUCCUUUAUAAGUGUGCAAAAUGCGGCAAAACAAUCCUAGGCAACUCCGGGUGGUUUAAUUCCCCCGGCUGGGGAACAGAGACUCCACCAGCCACGGCUGAAACCUGUGAGUGGCGAAUUGUCGCCACACACGGCGAGAGAGUCGUCCUAAAUAUUACAGAAAUAGACAUCCACAAGUCGGAUGAAUGCCGCUCUGAGUGGGUUGAAGUGUUGGAUGGGUAUAUGCCCAACGCGCCAGUACUUGGCAGGAUUUGUGGUUCCGGCAAGGGCCCAAUGAUGAGGUCCACGGGAUCCAGACUGACCGUUGUAUAUCAUCCCGGCUUGAGGCCCAAACCGCAUCGGGGAUUUAGAGCUUAUUAUGAAGCGGUGUGCGGCGGAAAUAUAGAAGUGGACAGCAGUGGUCACUUGGAGUCACCCAACUAUCCUGACGAUUAUCAACCAAAUAAACUGUGCGUGUGGAAAUUAACUGUGCCCCAGGAUUAUCAAGUAGCACUGCGGUUCCACUCAUUCGAGGUGGAAAACCACGAUCUGUGUAACUACGACAAAGUCAAAGUGAGAGAUGGCGACUCAAUGGACAGCCCGCUUAUCGGCAUGUUCUGUGGACACAAGAUUCCACCAGAUAUCAGAUCAACAUCAAACAAGCUUCUCGUGAUCUUCGAGUCGGACAGUUCAGUGCAGAAAGCAGGAUUCUCAGCUACGUUCAUGAAGGAGUUUGAUGAGUGUGCGUCGAUUGACCACGGCUGUAGCCAUUCCUGCGUCAACACGCUCGGCGGCUACGAGUGCGCUUGCGAUAUCGGCUACGAGCUGCACUCGGAUGGGAAGAAAUGUGAAAACGCGUGCGGAGGUGUGCUUUAUGCGCCAAAUGGUACAAUCACUUCGCCGUCAUUCCCAGACCUGUAUCCGCCCUCUAAGAACUGUCUUUGGGAGAUCGUGGCACCACCACAACACCGUAUUACUCUUAACUUUACACAUUUCGAUUUGGAAGGCAGCAACAAUAUGUAUCAUCAGGAAUGCGAAUACGACAGUGUGACGGUACACUCGAGGCUCGGUGCGGAUGUGUUACGGAGACAUGGUGCUUUCUGUGGCACCGUUCUGCCUCCGCCCGUUACUUCAGACGGUUCCGUCUUACGUGUACAGUUCACAUCAGACACUUCGGUGCAUCACUCCGGCUUCGCAGCCGCAUACUACAUAGACGUUGAUGAAUGCUCGGCCAACAACGGCGGCUGCCAGCACGAAUGCCACAACACACUGGGAGGUUAUGAGUGUGCGUGUCACAGCGGCUUUACCCUGCAUCCCAAUAAACAUGACUGUAAGGAGGGCGGCUGCAAGCAUGAUAUUACGCAUCCGCAUGGGACUAUCUUUAGUCCCAAUUAUCCCGACUCGUAUCCAUCGCGGAAGGAUUGCGUGUGGCAGUUCUCUACUACUCCCGGACAUCGAAUUAAGCUUAUCUUCAACGUAUUUGAACUUGAACCGCAUCAGGAAUGUACAUACGAUCAUGUAACAAUAUACGAUGGCGCAUCAGCUGAUGAGAAAACUCUGGGCAGAUUCUGUGGUAGCAAGCUACCGCACCCAGUAGUUGCCUCGCAGAAUCAAAUGUACGUUGUGUUCAAGUCAGAUGCUUCAGUACAGAGGAAGGGCUUCCUUGCUACCUAUUCUACUGCUUGCGGCGGCUACCUCACAGCAACGGAAUCUGUAAAGCAUUUAUACUCGCACGCCCGCUAUGGACAUGAUUCCUAUGAGUCGAGAGCCAAUUGCGAUUGGAGCAUUGUUGCUCCCGUCGGCCAUUUUGUGAGGCUCACUUUCCUGACCUUUGAGCUGGAACCAGAGACGAAUUGUGGCUACGAUUUCGUCCAAGUCUUUGGCGGGUUGGAGGGUAGUGGGGGAUGUUAUGGAACGUAUUGCGGUACAAAGAUGCCACCAGAAAUCGUAUCGACAAGCGAAGCGCUUCUAGUCAAAUUCCGCACCGACGAUACCAUUGUGUUUAAAGGAUUUUCUGCGUCGUACCAAGCGGUGAAACCAGACGUCUGGAGUAAAGAGGAUAGUUCUGAAGGCGGGGAGGAUGAGGACGAGGAAGAGGAUGAAGAGAUGCCGCCGUUAGUGGUAGGAAGGAGAGGAUUGCGAGCUCCUUCCUCCAGAUUCGUAAGACGGCCCACGUGACGGUGGCCUAUAAGGCAUCCCAAGCACAGGCGCCCGCAUCGCAACACCAAAACUCGCAAGUCUAUAUUUAACGGUCCAUUUUAGUGCGCCUUUUUGAUUGAUUUCCUCCACUCCGAGUCAGGGCAUUUAAUAACAAAUUAAUUUGUACGCAUUAGAUGUCCCUUGUAGCUUUUGAUAAGAGAACGUGGUAGUAAAUACUGCCCACAAAUAGUUCACUUACUUGAGGAUGAGUAUUGAUGAGAUGAUACUUCUAUGAGGAUGAGUUUAAGACUCGCAGAUAUCAUUAAAAACAACAGUAUAUUAUGUAAAUGACCGCUGCCAAAUCUCUUUACCUACUGUCUAAUAGCACAACUCCUCCUUAGAUAUUUAUUAAUUAUAGAAAGACUUUAUUGCUGCCAUAUAAUUAAACAAAUGCAGUUUUAUAACUAAGCACUACACCAUAAAAAUACAUCCUACUUACGCAUUACAAAAA